AUAUUUCAUUGAUAUCCGCUAAUAAAACGAUCAAACGUAGGAUACGUCGUUGACCUCGCACAUUUAACGUUUAUAACCAUCUACGUACUGAUUCAUUAUUCACAAAAUUAAUUAAAAACAUUGGAAAAGCCCGUGUCGUUCACUAUGCGAACUUUAAUUGACAGCAUGCAGAAAUAGUGCAGAUGCAAAGUGGAUGGUAUUUAUCAGACGUGAUCGUUAAACUUUAAAAUAUAUCGCUGAAGAAUCAAAAGAUUAUUUUGAACGUUUCUAUACUAUGUCACUUUAAUACGCUUAAACGAAACGUCGUGAUAUCGGCUAUUCGAUGUUUAGCAUUUUUCUCAUUCUAUUUAUUUCGUUCUAUUUCAAACGUCACGAUUCCCGCCGCGUUCCUAUAUUCUGAUCAUAUGAUAUGCGUUACGUAUCGUAUGAAGAACGUGACGCAUCGAUAGUGGAUACAAUCGAUACAUAUAUACUUGUUUACAUAUAAUUAAUAUAAUUACAAAAUGAUGGAUUGCGAUGAAGAUUCAAGUUUAUAUGAUCUUUUUCAAGUAUCUUUAACUAAUGAUAAUCUUUUUAUGAUUGGGACAAGCGUUGAUACAGGUUUUGAAUGGCAAGCAGUAGAUGAAUGUAAAGAGAAAUUAGAUAAAAAUCUACAUGUUGUUAAACAACGUGGAAAGAUUUAUUUCAACGUCAAUUGGGACAAGUUAAUCAAAGUACAAGAAAUGAGAUCAAUUGACAAUAUAUUUAUAGUUGGAAGCGUACUCAGAUUAAAGUUCAAUGGAACUAAUAAGGAAAAUGAUUUGAAAUUAUGUAAAGAUGCUACACGAAAUGAUCUAAAGUUAGAGAAAGCUUUGAAUGUAUGGAAGAACGUUACACAAUUUCCAGGAAAAAUGUAUCCAACUAUUAACGAAUACGAAGAGGCUACGAGGAAUGAAAAAAAUGUUGAAUGUGUAAAAUCUAACAAUUCUAAAAUUAGAAAAAGAGGACAAAAUCCAGCUAACGCGUAUAACGAAGUUUUAAGAUAUAGAGUAACUUGUGAAAGAACUGGUAAACAUAGUUUCGAAUCUCCUGACGCUGCUAAAAUCAUAGGAGGAGAAUUACAAGAUAAAUAUCAUUGGCUAGUCGAUUUAUCUUUGUAUCAUUUGGAGAUAAUCUGUAAAAUAGUUCAAAAUGAGAUAGUAACACAACUACGUAUUACACACGAAUCCAAGCAUCAUAGAAAUAUCAUACAUUUUGGACCAACUACGCUCCGAGCUACCAUAUGUUAUAACUUAUUAAGAUUGGCGCAACCCAAUCCAGGAGAUAUCAUAAUUGAUCCUAUGUGUGGAAGUGCUUCUAUUCCUAUCGAAGGAGGAUUAGUCUAUGAAAGUUCAUACAUAUUAUGCGGAGAUAAUCAUUCAAAGGCUGUGCUGAGAUCUAAAUCAAAUAUAGAAAACUCCUGUUCUAAAUCUAAAGUUGAUUUAACACAAUGGGAUGUUUGUUAUUUACCACUCUUAAACAAUUCUAUCGAUAUUGUUGUCACCGAUAUGCCUUUUGGGAAACGUAGUGGCAAUAUGAUGGAUAACAGAGUACUUUAUAAAGAAUUCUUACUACAAUUAGGACGAGUUGUGAGACGUAAUACUGGUCGAUUAGUAUUGCUAACCUAUGAUAAACGUAGUUUUAAUCUAUCAUUACAAGCAGCUUCUGACUUAUUCAAAGUAACAAAAAUGUUAGGUGUUAACAUUGGAGGACUGGCUGCUGUUGUAUACGUAUUAAAACGAACAUGUAUAGAAUAUAAAUAAUUCUAAUGAUAUAUAA